CUGUCUUUAUUUUACAUACCGUUCUUCAUAAAUAAUUGUCAGUUGAUCGACCUUCAUUCGGCUCGGAAAUAACCCAUCAAUAAUUUCGUCCUCCGCCCUGCGUGAUAGUGCCUAAAAAGAAGCAUGCGGCUCUUUUUUGUACGUCACGGGCAAACUGAUGACAAUGUCCGAGGCAUUAUUCAAGGCCAUAAAGAUACACCUCUGAACAAUUACGGGCGCUUCGAAAGCACAAGGCUAGCCAAGCGACUGAGUAAAUACUCCAUCACGGAAGCUUGGUCAUCACCUUUAUCGAGAGCUAAAGAAACAACUCGAAUUGUGCUUCAAUAUCAUGACAAGGUUCCCUUGAUGACUCCCGAUGAACUCAAAGAGAGGGGUUUGGGCAGCAUGGAAGGCCGGAGGCGAAAAAAAGGAGAACGCGCUCCUGCGGAUGCCGAAGAUUAUGAAUCAUUAUCGCGGCGGACUAAAAGCUGGUUUGACAAGCUUUUAGCAUCACACGAGCCAGAGUCCUCUUCCUCUCGACACGAUCACUCCAGCCACACUCGUUAUUUGCCGACUCCUCUUCACAGUAAUAAUCAUACACGGCAUGCCCGAUAUAGUGCACAUAACCUUCCUGUGACCAUUGAUCUCGUGCUUGUUGUAACCCACGGGGCUUGGCUUAGCAAUUUCGUUCGCCUUUUGAUGUCACCAGUUUACCAUUUCAAUGUUAGAGAGGGCGUAAACCUCGGUUUGCCAUGUGCGAAUACAAGCAUCAUGGUAGUGAAUUGCGAAUGGAAGGACGGCAGAUGGAAUGGAGUGAUUGAGGAUUGGGGCAAUGUCAAUCAUUUGGCAGAUGUUUUGGACAAAGAAGUGCAAGAGGUGGCAGACGAUGUUCGGCAGUAAGGUCGAAUAUACAUAGGGUAAAGAAAGAACUAUUCUCUCCGUAAUACGUUUGACAAUUUGCUGGGCAACAUGUCUAGAUUGUAUCACCAUGACUACCCCCACCAGUCAAUCAUCAGAUUCAUGCUCUCCUAAAAACGUAGAUAACGCUAGAUGCGGAAAAGGAUAUCAUUCAUGGAUUGAUCUUCCCCAUGCUUGGCUUCUUGUAUGACUUGGCUUUCUAUCGCAAUGUGCAAACUCUCCGUGGAGAACUAUCCGCCCCUAUUUGCCCCUUAGAUGAAAAAAAAAUUCUCCUAUAGUGCUGCAAACCCAGAGAAAGAAGUUUUUUUUUAUUACCAAAACCAUGACAGCCAUGAAACAAAAGACAAAAUUACUAUACAUCAUGACUAGGCCUAACAAUAUUAGUUCCAUUGGAAGUGCAUCUUCUGUCCUCCGCCAGGGAAACCUUGGUGGAAUCCUUGGAAUCCACCACCUUGCUGGAAGAAUUGGAAUGGCAUACCACCGCCAUGAUGGGCGAAUGGGUUGUGUUGGUGACCGCCCGUCGGGUCAUUUGGAUCAUCACCAUUGUCAUAGCGUUGUCGAAGU